GCAAAUCUCACCAACAUGCAUGCUUCUAGUUAAAUUCAUUACUCUCUUCCUGUUUUAUUUUACACCGAUAAUCAAUCCGCUCAUGUUUCUUUAGCUUGCUAGCAAUAGCCAUCAUUGCCGGCGCCUCAGCCCCUAUCAGAUCAACUUAGACUUGUGGUUGGCCGGCACCGAGUACAUGUAAUAACAGCUAGCAACAAGAUCAAGAACAUGGCCGAAGCUGCCAAAGUAGCUGAGAAAGAUGUGAUCACCGCUGUCUACAAAGUUAACCUGCACUGCCAGCAAUGUGCACGGGAUAUCAAGAAGCCUCUUCUGUCCACCCAAGGGGUUCACAGCGUGGAGGCUGAUGCUGAGAAGUCCGAAAUCAAGGUUAAAGGGGUGAUUGACGUGAUAAAAAUACACAAACUACUAGAGAAAUUGAGCAAGAAAAAGGUUGAGCUGGUUUCACCAUUGGUUAAGGUCACAGAAUCUGUAACGGAGAAGAAGGAAGUAAAGGUUGAAGCCAAACCAGCUCCAAAAUUAAGCACCCAUUCUAUAAAGGUUCACUUGCACUGUGAUAAAUGUGAGAAAGAUCUGCGCGAUAAGUUACUGAAGCACAGAAGUAUUUACAGUGUGAAGACGGACAUGAAAGCACAGACUAUAACAGUUGACGGAACAAUGGAGGGUGAUAAACUAGUAGCUUACAUGCGAAAGAAGGUGCACAAAAAUGCAGAGAUUAUACCCCCAAAAUCUGAGAAAAUGGAGGAAAAGAAAGAAAAGCCAAAAGUCGAGGCUAAACCCAAAGAAGAAAAGGCUGAAAUGGUGGAAUUCAAGGCAGAGAAGAAAGAAGAAAAGGCUGAAAUGGUGGAAUUCAAGGCAGAGAAGACAGUGGAGGUAAAGACUACAGAGAGAGUUGCGCCUUAUGUUGUUAACUAUGUCUAUGCUCCUCAGUUUUUUAGUGGUGAAAAUCCACAUGACUAUGUCUAUGCUCCUCAGUUAUUUAGUGAUGAAAAUCCACAUGCUUGUUUUAUAAUGUAGAAGAUUCACAAAUUAAUUUUAUAUAUGUGUGUGUGUGUUUGCAUUUAAUGCCUUAAAUGGAUACUAAUAUUGUAGAUCCGCCGAAGGGUUUUCUUUUGAAUUAUAAAAAAGAGCUACGAACUUGAGAAUUCUUGUA